AUGGAGAGGGCAGGGUGGCGGCCGGUGAAGGGGGGCGGUGAGUCCCAUCUGACCAUCUCCCCUGUUGCUUCGCGGCGGCGCUCCAGAUCCGGUGCCAAGCGCAUCCCUUUCCUUCCCUUCCCCGGCUACUCCGACUCAAGGCCACCACCAGACAUCGCGCCCCACAUCUUCGAGCGGCAACCGGUCGCCGUCGCGACGGUGAGCUCCACGGUGGGGAAGGGCACCGCCGGCAUAGGUGCCUUCGAGGCACCACGUGACGUUCACCGUGCCCUCCUCCGGCACAUCUACGACGUGGAUGAGCCCACGCCGUCCGCGCCCAAGCUGCAAGGUGGCCACCUCUUCCCUGCUUUCCUUUCGCCGCCGCUAUAUCUUCCGCUCGACGAAAUGCACCGGAGCACCACCCAGCGCCCGGGCCAGCGCCGCGGCGCCCGCCGGGCUGUCGCCAAGCCCGACCGCCUCAGCGCCCUCCCGGACGAGCUCCUGCAUUACAUCAUGUCAUUCUUGAAGGCGUGGGAGGUGGUCCGCAGCUGCGUGCUCGCGCGGCGAUGGCGCCAUCUCUGGGCGUCCGUGCCCUGCGUCGAUCUCCGCGUGCGCCCCACCACUGGCCGCUACGGCGACCCGCCUGAGAAGUUCCGCGACUUCGUGCACCGGCUCUUCCUCCUCCGGGACGAAUCGGCGCCCGUGGUCAUGCUCCGCCUGCGGUCGAGUGACGAAGAAGCGGGCUUCACCGAUGACGACGCCAGCGCGUGGAUGAUGGCCGCCAUCAAGCGCAACGCGCGGGUUAUCCAUCUCACCGGGCGUUGCUCAGAGAUCGCGUCACUGGACCGCGUGUCGUUCAUCUCUUGCCACCUCAAGGUCUUGAAGCUGUCGUAUGCCAUGCUCGACUACAGGAUCCUCGGGCAGCUUUCUUCUAGUUGCACGUCUUUGGAAGUACUAGGUCUGAAGGAUUGCUUGGUGGCGGGCCCUAGGAUUGUGUCCGCCUCUUUGAAGACUUUAAUCAUGCUCGAAUGCGAGAUUAGUUGCGCCUUCUCCAUUGCUGCUCCGAACCUCCUACUUCUGCACCUCAUCACACCUUACGUCCGAGUCCCAUCAUUCAAGAAUUUGGGAUCACUUGUCACAGCUACUAUCAUACUUGAUGACUCUUUCUUGGGUGAUGACAAUGAAUGCAUCAGUGAUGAAGAUUAUUGUGAUGGAACUACUGAUGACGACGGGGAUGAUAGCGACAAUAAUGAUUGGACAGAGAGCUCGAAGAUUCAUGAUGAGUCUUCCUUGAGUGAUGGUGUUGGAUAUGAUGAUUUUAUAAGGUUUGGAUAUGGACAUGAUUUUGCUGAAGGAAUUUACAGGCAUGAUCGUUACAAGGAUAAUUAUUAUUAUGGUGAUGAGAAUACCUAUGCAUACAGUAAGAUUGCAAAUGAUGCAAAGUAUGGCUACAAAGGUAAAGACCUGAUUUCCAGUAAAGACAGUAUCUAUGAUGGAUAUACAGAAUGCAGUGAUGGGAAGAUUUUAGGUGGCCGUCAUAUUCUUCGGAGUCUUUCAAGUGCUAGAACUUUGGAGUUGUUGACUGAUGCUGGAGAGGUGGUUCUGAGUAGGGAACUGAAUACAUGUCCAAUUUUUGGCAACCUGAAGACCCUGUCCCUUGGCGAAUGGUGUAUGGCUGCAGACUUUGAUGCAUUAAUUUUCUUGCUACAACACUCACCUAAUAUACAGAAACUCUUUCUCCAACUUAAAAUUAACUUCAAUGCCAAAAAGGCAUCAGAAACAGGUAUCAAACUAUAGUGAUCAUUUACUUGCAAAGAUCUUCGAAUGGUGAAGAUCACAUGCUCAAAGGAUGAUGGGAGAGUCCAUAAGCUGGCAAAUUUGUUUAUGGCAAAUGGUAUGCCAGUCGAGAAAAUUUAUGUCCGCCACAGCGGGAGUGCUUAUCUCCGCAGCCAGAAGCAAACGAAGGAGUUCUGGGGGGUGUAACAUCCAACAUCCUCAUGAGCAACUGAUCGUGCUCUCAAAGCUCCGCUGGGUUUCUUGAUUGCCUCUUUUUUGGUAACAUGGAUGACGUUGGUGAUUAUUGAAUCGUUGGAAUGUUGUUGCUAGUGGGAUGAGCUGAGAAGUUCAACAAGUAGUAGGUCUAGCCUCUAGUACAACUUUGCUUUGUUCCUGGAACGGAUAUGAAUGCUCGUCGUUUCAAUGCUUCAGACUUGAGAGUGGUGCAUCUGAGUCUGUCAUGCGUUGUGCUAUGCUCCAGUAAGCAUUAAGCAUUGAUCCUGUGGUGAGUUAUAGGCAGCUUUACUACCGUACAAAUUCUGAUGUCGUGUAAAAGGAAAUGA